CUUGAACUUGUAGUGUCCCGCCUCAGCUUCCCCAGUCCUGGGAUUGUGGGCGUGCACCACCAUGCGCGGCUUCUGUAGCGGUUUUACUGCUUGAUUUUACUUAAGCAACAGUGCCCGAGUGGCACCAGGAAGAUUAGAAGACCGGGUCCGCGACUGUGCGCCCGGACCCUGCUGUAAACGUGCCUGCUUGUAUUUUCAGUCUGUCAUCACAGGCCCGUCUCACACCUCUGUGCAGGGCCUGGGGCACAGAGGCACCCCAAGUCCCCCCCACAGGUGGGGAAACCGUGUGGCAGCACAGAUCUCUCCAUGGUGGAGAAAGCUGUGCUUAUCCACGUGUUCUCUGUGCACGACGGCGAAUGUCAGAACUAAGCCAGAGGGGCGCCGCCCUGGUGGAGUGUGGCGUGUGUCUCGCCCGGGAACUCUCGCGGCCGCUUUCCCCGAGGGGCCUAUUUAUGUCUCACCCGCCGCAGGGCACGGAGGACUGUUCAGACGACGCCCGUGUGGCCCCGCCCGCCCCGCUCAGGCUCCCGGCGUUGGGGUGGCCCCUGGGUCCUUGGCUCGUCUCUGGCGGGGACCGCCCGCGGGUGCGCGUGGGGCCCAGGCUGCCACCCCGAGACCUGCCGCGGCGAUGCCGUCGGGCGCCAGCUGCGUGCCGCUUGGGGCCAGCCCUUCCUGCGGCCCUGCCCGGCCGGCGGCGGGGAAAGCGUCCUUAAAGGUCUCUUCUCGCGCAGGAGCCAAGCACGCGAUGCCCCGGCCCCAGCUCCGGCCUCCGCUGCCACCCUCCGGCGGGCGGGCGGGACGGCAGCAGUGGCCCCGAGGACUCGCUCCGCCCGCCCCGUUCCCCCGUGACUCGUGGAGGAGCCCCUUUCCCCGGAGGAGCCAGGAACCCAAGGCCGAGGGCGGCUUCCCGCCAGGCAGGCUUUCAGCCCCUCUCUGCACACGAGCCCCGCCAGACUGCCGCGUCUGUCUACAGCCUGGCCUGUCGUCCCCGCUUCAGCACCAGUUGUUGGCCAAAAAUAAACACCAUUCCUCAACCAUAUAUGUCCACCGGCCGAGCCGGGAGGAGACAGGCAGGUCAGCGCCGCGGGCUCACUCGGCGUGGCCACCGCCCAGCAUGCACAUCACCCAGCUCAACCGCGAGUGCCUGCUGCACCUCUUCUCCUUCCUGGACAAGGACAGCAGGAAGAGCCUGGCCGCGACCUGCUCCCAGCUGCACGCUGUGUUUGAAGACCCCGCGCUCUGGCCCCUACUGCACUUCCGCUCCCUCACGGAGCUCAGGAAGGAUAACUUCCGGCUGGGCCCCGCGCUGCGCAGCCUGUCCAUCUGCUGGCACUCCAGCCGCGUGCAGGUGUGCAGCGUCGAGGACUGGCUCAAGAGCGCCCUCCAAAGGAGCCUCUGCAGCAGGCAUGAGAGCCUGGUCAGCGAUUUCCUCCUCCAGGUGUGCGACAGGUGCCCCAACCUGACGUCCGUCACGCUGUCGGGCUGCGGCCACGUCACCGACGACUGCCUGGCGCGCCUGCUGCGCUGCUGCCCGCGCCUGCGCGCGCUGCGCCUGGAGAACUGCGCGCGCGUCACCAACCGCACGCUGGUCGCCGUGGCUUCGUAGAAGGCAAGCAUGGGCGCGGCGGGGAGAGAAAAGCAGUGACCCCGUCUAAGUGCUCUGAUAAUGGAGCCAUUACCCCCGACAGGCAGGUGUACCUGCUGGCCCCGGCACACGCGUGGACUGCAGAGCCUUGGCCUCGAUGUCCCACCUUCGGAACAAGCUCCCCGCAGGGGUAGACCGGGGCCAGGCCCCUCACCCUUCCGGGCCCGGUGUUCCUUCCGCGGAAGGCGCGGGUUUUCAAUCUGCCCACCUGAGAAACGGCAGGAAGAUGAGGCCUUGCGGUCUCGCGGCCAGGCGGAUGGCCAAGGUCAGGUUAGCGCGCUGCCUCAUCUGUGUGCUAGAGGAAGCCACAGGACGCUGUUCGCGAGGUUCUUAGCGAUCAGGGCCCCUUGGAAAGCAGGGGUCACUUAGCAUCUAGCCUGAAUGGGGAGUCUGCAUCGCCCGCGGCCUUUCCCACGGAAGCUUUGCUCUAAACUCGGACUAGGUUCCCGGGCCACGCCGCACGUAGAUGACAGUGACCACAGAACCAAAGCCACGCUGACGCCCGCGCCCAGCAUUGCGCAGGCGCAGCAGCUCACAGCCGGUGUGCCCUGCUAGAGGUCCUGGGCUCUGCUCGGAACUGCAGGCGCUGCACGCGGGCCCCACGGCUCCUUCACUGCUGCUGCUGCACCGGCCUGACCUCGGGGAACUCACGCCUGCUUGGGAGAAGACGUAACGCUGGGGGCAAGGGUGUUCUUGGGUCACCGACCUCCCAGCUUUGCUUCUGACAAGUUAGGGGCUCUCUGAGCCUCAGUUCUUUAUCUGUAAAAUGGGUCCAAAACCUUCCCUGGGGCACUUAAGAGAUGCGUAAAUGUACGGUUGCCUGGAGAGCAGAGCGGGUGAGGCGGCCUCACGUCCACGGAGGGCUAAAAGGGACCCAAUGACCCGGGAAGCAACCUGGAGGGGGCGGGUUUGUUUUGUUUUCCUGUCUCCAGGUGCUGCUCACAAAGGCAAGAAUCAAGGGCACAGGUCCCUCCAGGGAAGGGUAGGCAGAGACAGACAGGGUCCUGACAGCGUUCCAGGGCCCCCAGAAACAGCGUGGGCUGUCUGUACGCUCUCCCUUAGGCCACAGACCUUACCCAGCUCCUGAGGGCCAAGUCUGAGUGCCAGUCUGCUUUGGCCAAGGCAGCCAAGCUCCCACACCAGGAAAGCGUGGAGAGGCCCCGGCCUUAAUCAGGGUGGGAGGCUGUCACAGGUCCACGGUUCCCGGAAGCAGGCGGUGGUACUGGGGCUUGUCUGGCAGGGAAACGCCACAUUGCGCACGGGCUGGGCGUUGGGAGAGACUAACUGGCCCAGGCCCUGUGUCCUGGUGCUUUCCCUGGCCCGGCCUGGCCCGGCCCCUGGUCUGCAAGCUCACCUGACCCGCUGGAGAUGGCGCCCCGCGCUAGGAGCCGGUGCCUGAUGUGACUGCGCUAGAAGCUGCGCUCACAGCGCAGGCUUCCUCUGGCAGAGGCCCUGGACCCCAGGCCGGCACGAAGCCCCACCUGGGCAGACACGUGGGGACACCUUGGAGCCCAGGCCUGGGGGAAAACACCGGACGGGGCCCCCUUCAAUCCUCAGCUCUGGGAUUUACGCCGCCUCCUUCCUCACAGUCCAAGUCCAGAGUGUGCAGAGGGAGCAACAGAUUUCCAGCCAGGCAGCCGCGUGUGCAGACACCACACAGGGCCAGACAGCACUGCGGUCCGUGAGGCCUGACCGCGGGCACUGGGCGCCAGCCUGCCGGGUGCGCCUCUGCUCAGACCAGGCGACCAUGGGGGCAAAGGUCAGAGCCGCUGAGGCCGAGGCAUGACUUCUGAGACGAUUGGUGUCACCUCAGAGGCUCAAGAAUGUUGUGUCCUUCAGCGCUCUGCAGGAGGGAGGGUGGCUUGUCACUAGGAAGCAGCCCAGGAGACCCGAGGGACCUCUCCUGCACCUCUGUGUGACCCCAGCUGCACGGACCCCUCUCUCCACUAAGAGAACUGCGUCCUGGUGCCGGGGCCAGGGCAGCCCCUUCCCACCCUGGAGCCAGUGCUCGCGGCCCAGACCUGGGCGCGCGCUGUCACCGCGAAGGCACUGGGUCCUCCGAUGCCCAGUCCCACUGAACCCUUUUCUGUUCAACAGAGACCUCAUCAUUCUCAACGUUACUGUGUCUUCGCGCCGGGAAGGUCAGUUCACACGGUACUAACAACUGGCAAAGCCGUUCUCCUUCUGGUUUUCCUUGUGGGAGCAGCUGGCAGUGCAUCUGGCUGUCAGCGAGGACCUUGUCCGGAGGUCCCCGGGAACAGCACGUGGCCCGGACUUGGCGCGGGUGGAAGGGACUGGUCACGGCCUUGUCCCUUUCCUGCUCUCACGGGGUGGCUGCAGCUUCACAGUGGCUCACCGCGGCCCUCUCCCUGCAGCGGCCACUCCCAGCCCCUCACGGCGCCCCCAUCGGGGCUGCAGGGCCCGACCGCUACAAGCCGACCCUCGGUGAUAAUCCAGGUACGCCUCGUGUGCCUACCAGCGACAACUGUGCUUCCUGCCCCUGCCACUCACAGCCCUGACGGAGGUGGCACGCUCUUGCACCCCCUCUUCAGCGCGCCUGCCGGGGUCUUCUCAGGCAGGGCGCCGUGCGGUGCUGGCCGUGCCCCUUUGGCCUCGGGCGCUGCACCUGCGCCGGGCGCCAGGCUGGGCCUCACCGGGAGGGCCCAACCCGAGUGGGGCAAGGCUGUCCCUAGGGGGCGCAUCGGCCUGGCCGUGGGAACCCACAGAGCAGCCGCCCACAUUCUGACUCCUGAAUCUGCUUUAUUUCUCUGCAUAAGGGACCCUGCACAGGCAAUUCAAAUUAAAACAAAAUAAAUAUAUGAAUAUUCAUGUAAAACUGUCCUUUCUAAUGAACAAUUAUACACAAUGUACAAUUCCGUGUUCACUGGGUGGGUUUACAAAAAAUGUGUCAUUCCCAACUAAAAAUGCACCAAAAUGGUUCCAUGCAAACUUAUCAAAAGUGACCAAAAAUAUGGAGGGAAAAACCUGACCGAGAGCACUCUGCUUUUGUUUUUGUACAAUCACAGAAAAAUAAAAACAUCUACUUUCUCUGUUA